AUACAAAUUACAAACUUCCCUAUAAAUACUUAUAGUAAAUACUAAAAUUGAAGAAAAAACCAUGUUGGAAUUAACAGUUAUUUCAGCUCAAGGAAUAAAAUCUUCAUCUUCUUUUUCUCUUUUUUCUCAUCACCUGAAACCCUUCAUCACCAUCACCACCACCACCUUCCCUCUACCAUCAUCAUCAUCAUCAUCAUUAUCAUCUAAUUCCAUCAAAGCAUGCAGGAACUGCCACGUGUACUCAACAAAGGUUGAUGAUGUAGGAGGUCCCAACCCUAUAUGGGGAGACAAGUUCCUUCUACCAUUGGAUCACACAUUCUUCUCAUCAACUAAUAACUACUCUUGCAUUUACCUUCAACUCUUCACAAAAAGGGCCUUAUUGGGCUCUACUUUACUGGGCUGGAUUCAUAUACCCGUUUGUGAUAUAUUUGAUGCCCAUUUUCCUCUUGGGUUAACCCAUCACCUUAGUUAUCGGCUAAGGAAAAGAGACGGUUCUAAAGGGAAUGGAGUUAUCAAUGUUUCUUGUAAAUUUCUAGGUCAAUUACCGGUUACUCGUCAACGGUUUGAUUCUGGAGAAAAGUGUUUGCCUGCGGUAGACACGUGGCAGAUUGUAACUGGUUGGCCAAUGAAAAUGAAGUGUAAAGGGUAGAGAGAUGAGAUGGAUAUUGAACCAUCGUCAAGUGUAGCGCAAUAAUUAAGAAUAACUUGAUUGCGAAUUAUAGGUAUAAAAUUUAGUAUUUUUACGAAUUAUAAUUUUAAUGUUUUGUUUUUACGUAUUACAACUCUCAAUAUAUUAAAUAAAGUUUACAACAUUCAGGUUAAAUCACAUCAUUCCGAUUAUUUUAUAAAUUUUAAUAUGAUUAUAAAAAAUAAAUAUUAUGACUAUAGUAUAUAGAAGUUUUAAAAUUUAAGACUAUAAUUUGCAAAUUAAUUAUAAAUUAAAGUAUUAGAAAAUUUGUAUUAGACUUAUCCGUUUAUUGAUAAACGGUAGAAGAGUGAGAUAACGACAAAACAUCUAAUUAAAACAAUGGACUCCCCAUGAGUCUAAUCCAAAGUGUUUGGAUGGAUACAAAGUAUUUCUAUAAUUUGAUGUUUUUCAUCAUCAUUUUUUGAGUUGUUCUACACUUAUUUUUGUUUGUUGUAAUUGAAAUGUCAAUUGUGGAGAUUUCGUGGAAGGAUGCCCUUUUGUAAAGUUGGUAGCUACAUUAUUUAAACAAUGGGAAGCUUCAACAUGUACCAAGUCUAUAUUUAGUAAAAAGAAAAAAUGGAAAUGGAAAAAUAUGUUGAGAAAAAAUGUUUAUUUAAUUAGAGGAAAAUUGUCAAGCGUAGAAAAUUAAUACUAUGGAGAUGAUGACAUCACUAAUCAAGAUAUUUGGUUUAAAGUUGAUAAAAUUAGUUUUUAUCAACAUUAGAUUUUAUUGCAAAGUAUGAUCUGCAUAAGUAUGAAAUUAUCUAAUUUAUAUUGAAUUCGUACAUUUUUGUAUUGGCAUCUAUUCAAAGGUCUCAUACUAUGAUUUACAAUUAAGUCACUUAUAUGCUUGUCAACUCUUUUUUUAACUUUUUUUUAAUGCGAGACUUGAGAUAUACACUUGGCAUUCUAUCACAUUACUCAUGAGUCAAGUCCUUUACUUCAAUGAUAUAAUUUGUCUUCUUACAUUAUUGCUUUACCAAAACUCUCGAUAUAAGACACCAAGGCUAGAUUCCACAUAUAUCCAUAGGUUCCCACACAUGUGCUCUGGCAUUCCAAUAUGUCAACCACUAUAUUGCUCAUAAAAAAAUUCCACUUUAAACGUCAAAAUAAUGAUGUCAUAAUAAUAAAACAUAAUAAUAA